AUGGAGAAGAGCAGCAAGAGGAGAAGAGAACUUAAGAGGCCAUGGGACACCUGUCGGGAGGUCCCUUUCAUUGAAGAUGAGCGCACACCAUGGAAGCUGCUGAAGCUUUUAAAUAUCAUAUCUUUGCUUGCAGUGGCUAUCAUUAUCUUUGGACUGGCAGUUUGUAGUAAGGCUUCGUUCCUUCUCCUCAUCACCUUGUCUCAUGAAGGUACAAAGACCCUCCGGGCAGAGCUGAAACCCGUCACACUGCUGUGUAUUGGCUGCUCUCUCAUUGCACCAAGUGUCCUUCUUCUGCUCAAAAGCAUCUGGAAAGCAUGUUAUAAAUCAUCCAAGCAGCCGAAAAAAGCAUCUACUGCCCUGGUUUUGUUCUUCGAGUUCAUAGUUUCUGGGGGGUUGGCAGUGCUCACCAUCAUUGCAAUGCCUCACUUGGACAUUGUGACCAAUGUGACAAUCCUGAAUAGUGUAGCUGUCCUCUCCGCAUUCCUGCAAGCAGUUACUCAGUGCGCUGCUAAAGGGAUAAAGAUCUUCCUGCUGCCUUCCAUCAUCGCCUUUCUGGUUAUUUUGAUUGGUUACAGUCUUUUCCUUAUCCUUUACAUUCUUAAAGAUCCUACAGGCAUGAAGACAGCCACCUGGGUGGGUCUUGCCAUCUGUGGAUCCAUCUUAGUGUCUUUCAACUGGUGGGAGAACUACUUAAGGGUAAUCUGUGUGAAAAGCAAGCCCAACUUCCUCAAAAAUCUGUUUGAAGACUUGACCAAGUGUCAGAACAUGCUGCACAUCCUCUCCAGCUUACUGAGGAUUGUGGUGACUACCUGUGUGCUUGGUGCCUACGUCCCUCUGGCUAAAAUGGACUGGGAUGUUGUGACCUCUAUUCCAAGCCAGGAAACAAGAAUUGUAGCCAUCAUCAUUGGGGUCCAGCUGAUCUCCUCAGCACUCUGCCACUGGUUUGCAUUAACAGCCUGUAAGAUGCACGCCCUGCGCCGAUGCUUCAUCCUGCCUUUGUACCUCGCCUCCCUGGCUGUGAUAGCAUUGUUUAUUUUUCCUGUCAUCACUUACUACCAAGAACACCAAAAAAGCCUGAACACAACGGAAAACAGCAACUUCACCAGUUACUGUGCCAUAGCUGUGAAUGAAAGACAUCAAAGUCUGAGUGGGAACCUGUUCUCACAGCUGGUUUUGGACGUUACACACACUCUGUGCUUCCUGGACAUGUCCAAGACAGCUGACAUCGGAUUAUUGAGCGGUGCAGCAGCAUCCUGGUGGAUUGGUCUAGUGUUGACCACUAUCCAUAUUUGGUACCUAAACACAUUCCGCAUCCAGAAGACUCAAGACCUGUUCGUUAGGAGGCUCUAUGAGGGAGCGUUUAUUGAGCAAUCCCUACUCCUCAACACCCGUUUUGAUAUCCGGACCAAAAAAGGCUGGAAGAAACGACUGGACCAGUACAGACCAAAGAUUUUGACCCAGCCAAAGUUUGAUGAUUUCACCUUUGAAGCCCACAUCUACUUUGAUGAUGCCUUCACAAAUGUUCAAGGAAGUCAGGACCGUCAUCUGAACACAUAUGCAAAGGACCUUGUGAAAAUUAUUGCUGAUGUUUAUGGAAUCUUCAAGAACUUAGAUAAAUCCUUCUUUAAGGUACAGCAACAAAUUCCUGAUCAGACAAUCAUAAAGACACCAUAUGGCGCUCGUCUUGUUGUUGUAAUGCCUCAUGAGAAUAACAUUGUAGUUCACUUCAAGGACAAAGAGCUAAUUCGAAACAAAAAGAGAUGGUCUCAGGUAAUGUACCUUUACUACCUUUUGGGCUGGAAACUGAUGACCAAAUAUUACAGACACUGGCAGGAAGGACAACAUGAAAAGGAUCUUAGGGAAAAGAUCCAGAAAGAAAAGCACAACACUUUCCUUUUGGCGUUAGAUGGGGACACUGACUUCCAGCCCGCUGCUGUUAUGAUGCUCAUUGACCGUCUGAAAAUGUAUCCUCGUGUCGGUGCAGCAUGUGGCAGGAUUCAUCCUACUGGAUCAGGCCCGGCUGUUUGGUUCCAGAAGUUUGAGUAUGCUAUCAGUCACUGGCUGCAGAAGUCAGCUGAGCACGUCUUCGGCUGUGUGCUGUGCAGCCCCGGCUGCUUCAGUCUGUUCAGAGCAGAGGCGCUAAUGGAUGAUAACGUGAUGAAGAGGUAUUCAACCAAAUCCACAGAGCCCAGCCACUACAUCCAGUACGACCAAGGCGAAGACCGCUGGCUGUGCACUUUGCUUCUGAAACAAGGGUGGAGAGUGGAAUACAAUGCAGCAUCUGACGCCUACACCAAUGCACCAGAAAACUUCAAGGAGCUUUAUAACCAGCGCAAACGAUGGGGCCCUUCCACAAUGGCAAAUGUGGUGGAUCUGCUGGGCUCAACCAACAUUGUUUCCAAGAGAAACUUGUCUAUGUCCAAACCCUUCAUGUUCUAUCAGCUGUUUGCCAUGAUUUCUGCCAUUCUCGCUCCAGCCACCAUCUGCCUUAUGGUUGCAGGUAGUUUGUCCUUCCUCUUCAAUAUAAAUGCUGCUGGUGCUCUGGUCAUCGCUGUGAUACCUCCUGCCAUCUACUUGGGUCUUUGCUUUAAACUCAAACCAGACACACAGAUCACCAUUGCAGCAAUACUUAGUGUCAUGUAUGCAUUCCUCAUGGUGGUGGUGACCAUAUCAAUUAUUGCCUCAAUGGUGAAGGAAAAAACCAUCCUUACACCCAGCAGCAUUUUCAUUGUGGCCGUGUCCAUUAUUUAUACUGUCACUGCGCUGAUGCAUCCUCAGGAACUUCAUUUAGUGUUCUAUGGCUUUCUCUACAUCAUCUGCAUCCCCAGUGCCUAUCUCCUACUCACCAUCUACUCCAUGGUCAAUAUGAACAGUGUUUCAUGGGGCACCAGAGAAACAAAGCCUGCUGCAGGGGCUGCAACAACUGUAGACACUGGCCAACAAGCAAAAACAAAAGCAGGCUGGAUAACAGAACUAGAGAGUUUGUCCAAUGACAUACAGCUGCAGGAACAAUCCCUGGACAAGGAGGAGGAAAACUUUUGGAACGAGUUUAUCAAGAUGUAUCUUGAACCUGUGAAAGAUGACAUCGAAAAGCAAAAGAAGACCCAAAAUGACUUACAAGAGCUGAGAAACAAGGUCAUUGUGAAGGACUGA